ACUGGUCAGGAGCAGUCUCCUGAUAGCCUUGUUGGGUCAAGGGUGAUUCUAUUGAAUCAUUGACACCGCUGAAACGUCUACCGUUCCAUUAUUUUGUAAGUGUUUCAUCAAAUUAUGGUGACAUUACCAUGAUGAGACUAACUCUACUCUGUUCAGGAAUAUUCCUCUCAACACUACAGGCAGUUAUUGGAGGCGAGCAUGAGCUUUUUUCAGCAAAUCAGGAAAUAAAAUUUCUGUGGCAUGCCCAAAUCAAAGUGGGUUCUAAUUACCCUAUGAAGAUAUCAUCUGAAUGGAAUAUAAAUGCACAGCUGAUAGCUCAGACAGUAAAUAACUUGACUACAUUACAGCUAAUUGAUAUAAAGUCUGAUGAAGACCUGGGUGAGAGUCACAGAGAACUGUCGCUGCCAUUCCGGGUAGUGUUCCAGGACGGAGUCCUGGAGAGUCUAACAGUGGCACCAACAGACACAGACUGGUCUAUUAACAUCAAGCGAGCUCUUCUUUCUCUACUACAGCUGGACAUCAAGUAUAUUGCUGCAGGAGAGCUGGCCUUCAUUUCUGAAGAGGUUGGUCUUUACGGCAAAUGCAAAGCAGAGUAUAUUGUGCAACCUUUUCUAGGCAACUUGAAGCAUGUGAAAAAAAUAUUGGAUUUACAGUCCUGUUGGAACCACCCGAUUACAUUAUGGUCAAGCAGCCCAAAAUUUAUAUGUCCUAAUUCAUAUCAGACAGAAACAGUAUCCUACAGUGAGAGAGAAUAUUUCAUCGACAUGGGAGCCCCAAUGAUGAUACAGAACAUCACAGCAAGGGGUUCAAUCACGUUACAGCCGUUCCAGGCUCAAGCUGAAGCACAUUAUUCUUUAGUUAGCCAGACUUUGGUCUUAAAAGAUGCUGGUGCAAUUGAGAAGGAACUACCAUUUCCAUCUGAGUCAGCCAACAAUGCAGAAUUGAUUUAUAAAGAGCUACUGCUAGAUGCAACUCAUGGCAUACCCCCUGCAAAUAAAACAGAAGUUUUACAAGAGAUAUCAGAUAUGCUGAAGGACAUGGGCAACAGUCUGUGGUGGGAAGUUGGUGCAAGAGGACUCAACAACGAGACAGUUCACAACCUGAUAAACCUGAUGUGGUGGCUGGAACUGGAAGACUGGGAGCAGCUAUACAGCACAGUGACCUUAGGCACAAGCUACCAACAGGAGACAAUGCAACACUUAUUCUGGGAGUUGGUGCCUGUCGUGGGUUCCUCUCAAUCUGCUUUAUUUAUAAGGGACCUUGUCAAGACAGAACGUAUUAAAGGUCUCUUAGCUGGACGUCUACUAGUCAAUUUCCCCUUUUAUCAACGGAAGCCUACGGAGGAUCUUCUUACGCAGUGUGAAGAAUUACUUCACCUGAAACCACCUGUUGGGAAAGAUGUGAGAUAUUCCGCAAUUCUAAGUUUUGCAACUUUAAUAGAUUCAACAUGUGCACGACAGUGUAAAGCAGAUACAAUCGACAGAUAUGCCAAACUCUACCUUGAUAGAUUUACAGAUAGCGAUGAAUAUGAAGAGCGCAUGUUGUAUCUGCAGGGACUGAGCAACAUUGCUCUCAAACAGAUCUUGGACUAUCUGACCCCCACUAUCACAGGUCAGGCUACCUCUGACCAUCACAUCCAGUUUCUGGCUACCUGGGCAGUCCUAAACACUGCCUACACUAAUCCUGAUAAAGCGUUUGAGCUAUUCUGGCCACUACUGAACAACCGAUCACAGACGCUUGAGAUGCGAGUUGCAGCUAUGACCAUUUUGAUACUGUCCAAGCCUACAUCUGACCGUCUUAUCAGCCUGUACUGGUACAUGCAGACUGAGCCCAGCCUGCAGCUCUACAACUAUUUCUACACCACCAUCAAGUCUCUGGCCUCCACCACAUAUCCAUGUUACUACAACAUAGGAUUGAUUGCAUCUCAGCUUUCAAGAUCUAUAAAGAGGAAAUCCACUCCUUGGGCAACUGGAAAUUAUUUGUUAGAUUAUGAAGACAAAGAGAGGGGCUAUGGUGGUAUGCUGCAGCUAUUGUCAAUCGGAAGUGAACGGACAGGUCUACCGAAUGUUUUUAUUUUUAUGACAGAACAACACUCAUUGGGAGUAACAACUUCAUAUGCUCUGUAUAUAAAGGCCGAAGGAGUGGGAGAAGGCAUCAAACGCCAACUUUACAAGAUGACAGUAGAUACAAGCAUCAACUUUAAGAAGAUUGCAGAAUUUCUAACAACUCUUAAAAUGCCUGUAAAGAAACAAGAAGAAAUUCACUUGGAACUGAUAUUUAAAAUCGACGGAAAAAAAACAGUUAUAACCCAAUAUUUAAAUACUUCAUCUUUCCAUAAUAUAUCUACAGUUGUUAGAAAGCUGAGUUCAGUUUAUUUUGAGUUCAGUGUAAACUACCAACGCCUCAUGUUUCCUUUAUUUCUGAUGCGGAAUCAGCCGACCGACCUAGGUGUGCCCUCGUUGAUCCAGACACGCAGUGGCUCCUUAAUAUCUGCUCGAGGUAGUGUUAGCCAAGAUGAUGAGGGCAGGGCACGCAAUACUGAACUUGAUUUGAGAUAUUCUUGGAAUGGUAUAACAAGUCUGCAAGUCUACAACCCGAUGAGUAACAAGUGGUAUGGUGCCACUCGUAGUAGAAGUCUACAUGUUCGCUUGCCUUUCGCUAUUCAGCUUCAUUUGGAUGUUGCAAAAAACAUUUUUACAAUCAAGACCAUUCAGCACAGAGAUUAUAUGGCUGGGUCACGGCUAGGGGUUGUGUGGCAUGCGGUGUUCAAUCCAGUACCCCAUGGAUCAAACAGUUGUGCCUCACAUGUUGAAAAGGAAGAAUGGACCAUGGAUUCACAAGAUCUUGGAGCACGGCUUGGAGCUAGUGUUUUCAACUGCCCAGGCAGAACCACGAUUACAGAUGCCCUACAUCUACUGAAAAAAGCUUUCAUGUCCAAGGAGAAGAAUUACCAGAUGGUACCAGGUGGAGUUGCAUUACUUGGAAUAUUUUCACUUAAAGAACAGCUGGCAUUUCAGCCCCCAGGCAGUAACUGUGGGUUAAUGUUGUCUGUUAUGCCUCUUCUAUCACAGGUUGAGCCUGUUCUAACUUUUGAGAAAAAUGAAAUGAAAUUACAAAUGUCAAGAAAAGAUGGAUUGCUGUGGGAAAUUAAGGCUGUGAUAAAGAAGAAUUUGGAUGGAAACCGUGAGCUGACUUUCAAGCUCUAUCAUACUCCAACUGUUAGAGUGACAUCCUCAGAUAUCUGGAGAGUUAUACAGUUUGAAGGAGCUUUUGUUUUGCCAUCCAGCAAGGCGAGUGUGUUCAAACCUCCCUCUCCGCUAACAGGUUACAUGUUCAUAUCGUGGGGAGACUCAUCGCCUACCCAUGCAGACAAGGCUGCAGUGGUAGAUGUCAAGGUGGAGGCAUCUCACAACAAUGGGCAAGACCUCCAAUGUCCUGAUCUUUCUCCUGUAUGUCUUCAGUCAAUCAGUGAAUUGGCAACUCAACAAGAGGCAAUCGUACAGUAUGUUAAUCUGCCAGACUGGCUGAUCACAGCAGCCCAUGCUCUGUUCCCCAACUAUGUCCAGACUGGGAGCUCCUCUACCACUAUAGACUUCAGUUCCCCAGCCUUGCCUCCUUGGAAAGCUCAGGGUUUAUGUGCUAUAAACAGUCAGACAGUGCUGACAAUGGACAACACAACUAAGAGCCUGUCUCUGACAUCUUGCUUCACAGUUUUGUUAGCGGACUGUUCUGAAGAUGCCUCAUUUGCAGUUCUCGUCAAGAAAAUGGCAGAACCUCAACAUCUGGCUAUGAAGCUUUACCUUGGAGAGGAUAUAAUUGAACUUCUACCAAGUACCAAUGGUAGUAUUGACAUAUUUCUAAAUGAAAGUAUAAAAUUAAGUCCUAUAACAGAAGAUUACCAUCAUGGAGGGACAAACGAGACAAACCCAUUUUUCAGUAUUUCUGUGAAACAAGGGGGAGCCACUGAGGUGGAACUACAUAAUGGUGUGGUCGUGCAGCACUACACACAGACAAUCGUGGCUCUGGUCCCAGGAAUAUUCAGGGGCUACACUUGUGGACUCUGUGCCGACUUUAACAGUGACACUAACAACGAACCUGUCACGUACUACACUCAGUGUUAGAUAUUUAGUUUAAUAAUUGUGUAUAGUACCAAAAUAUACAAUCACUGUAUUUAUUUGGUGAUUUUUGACCUUAAACAAAACAAUAAACUGUAUUUAUUUUUAAAUGUUAUAAGUUUGCAGUAUAUUUAUUUUUAAUAAUGUGAGUAAUUUACACUGAUCAAUGUAACCCAUGUUCUGCCCGGACUCAAGUGGAGUCUCGAGAAGUUACUUUGUUACUAAUUUUAAAUUAAUAUUUUAAGACUAUUGAUUUUCUUGUAAUAGUAAAUAAGAAAAAUUAUUAAUUAAAUAUUUUUAAUGUG